CGCUUUUUGAAUAUUCCAUGGAUGAGUUACGAGUUCGAGUACGAGGUACGUACGAGUACCCGGAACUCCAAACCUACCGUUAGAAUCGCUGAAAGACCAUUUAUCAAAAUCGACAAACGACAACUAGAUACUAAAUUGAUUCGAUCGACUCAUUUAUUCGGGGGUUAGUUUUUGUUUUUGUGAAACAACAACCUUUUUUAUUCGUGACUCAAAAAAUCCUAAAAAUUGAUCUUCAGAUCAGAAUUAUCUUUUCGACGAAGAUGCUGAGGUCAGUUAAAUGCAUGAAGAAACAUGUCGACGAACAAAACUAUCUCUUAUUUUAACAAAGAUAUCCACGGCAUCGUCACUAUGCGAACUGAAGCUCAAUCAUGAUCGCCUGGAACAUUUCAAUUGCACUGCUUCUUAUAAGUUUAGAGAGUGCAACAGCAUUCGUAGCUUAUACGGAUGCACAUAGGACCGGCUGUUUUCUCGUCCUUUCAUCGUCAUCGUCCCACUCGAACGAAAUCGAAGAGAGCGAGGACCCAUCUUCUUCGCUUUCCAACAACCGAUCGAAAAACCGCAGGCAUUUCUUUUCGGAUGUGUUCUCCCAGUCGGCAUCUAUGGCAGCAAUGUGCAGCUGCUGUUCCUCCCCUCUGCUUCUUCCACAGCCGGCGCAUGGUCUCGCCCAGAUAACGACGCCCUCACGGGAGGCCAUUGGUGCCUUUGACCCCCCUAGAAAUGCUUUCAUGGACGCCGCGUUUGCCCAGGGGAUGGCGGUCGGGAUGGUCGAUUACGAGCGAGAGGCCUAUCCGAAAAAGAAAGAAAUCUUCAAAGCAUUGUUUUCGUCCCUUCCGAAAAAUAUCAAUAGCAACGAAGAGCCGGUAAUUGUGGAGAUCGGCAUGGGGUCCUUCCCCAAUGCACUGUAUUAUAAGGGCAUGAAGGGAUUAGACAUAAUUGGCAUCGAUCCGAACGAUUGGAUGGAAGGGUACGCCAAAGAUAACGCAAACCGAGCUGGAUUGUUGAAUGAGGACGGCGACAACCUGCGGAUCAUCCACGGAGUAUCCGAAGCCUUGCCUCUGUUGGAUGCGUCCUGUGAUGCGGUGGUUUGCACCCUGACUCUGUGUUCGGUUUUGGAUCCUGCAAAGUCUGUGUCUGAAAUCAAGCGCGUGUUGAAGCCUGGCGGAAAAUUUCUUUUUUGGGAACAUGUGUUGUCCCAGACGGAUCCCGACUUUGCCCGGCAGCAGAUUCUGAACACUCCCAACCAAGUGAAGCGCGCCGACGGUUGCCACUUAGAUCGUCGUACCGGAGAAACAAUCCGGGAGGCCGGAUUCUCGAAACUGGACCUGCAAUACAUAGAACUGAAGAGAUUCGGAUUCUUGAAUCCGACUGUAUGCGGAAUAGCAACAGCGUAAACAACAUUGUUACCAAAUGCUAACAACGAAUGUAUUGGAACACCACAGUGAUUAUAAUCACUUCUUUGCUUUUGAGAAAAAGAAAAUCUUUCUGUCUGAUAUUUUGUUGCUGAGACAGACUUGAUUUAAAGUUUUGCC